UAUGGAACAAAAGGCCGAAGAAAUGAAAGCAGAGGAAAACAAAGCAGAAGAGAACAAGGCUGCGGAAAUCAGAGCUGGGGUUGAUGACACUAACUUCUUUAAAGAAGAAGACGAGCCAGCUGAAUUUGCUGAAGAGAAGCUAGAGCCAGUAGAUGAUAACCUUGUCUGCCCAAUCUGCCUUGACUUGCUCUUCGAGCCAGUCUGUACAAUGUGUGGGCACACAUUUUGUAAAGCCUGUCUAACUGAAGACUUCAAAAAAUGCCCUCUCUGCAGUGAGCAUUGCUUCAUGAAUGACGCAAAGGUGAAUAUAGCUCUAAGAAAUGUCAUCGAAAAGAGUUUUCCAAAAAGAGUCAAAAAGCGGCAAUACUAUCAUGACAAAAGAGUAAAGGAACUGGAAGAAGAGCUCAAGGAGAAAGACAACUUCUCUGAAAUCCCUGUUUUCUUCAUCAUGGGACAUGUCACUCCUGGUAGCAAUGACUUCCUCAGAAUCUUUGAGCCCAGGUACCAUGACAUGAUUAACCUUGUGCUUCAGAGAGAUAGGAAAUUCGUGAUCAUCCGAAAAAGGGCCGAAAAAUUAGGAUAUCUUGUAAAAAUUGAGGAAUAUAGAAGAGUUAUGGAUAAUAGGACUAUCAUCAAGAUAAAAUCCCUCGAGAGAUUCAGAGCUGAAGACUAUUUCAUCCCUGAGAACAGACAGGAAAUAUAUCCUGAAGGGCAGGAAAAGCUCUGGUUUGCCAGAGGAGCCAUCAUCCGUGAUCAGUUCCCUGAAUUUGAAGAUGCCAAGGAAAGAGAGUCUUACUUAAGGGACCUCAAGAGGAAGGCUAACGAAGUUAAUCGACUUGUCACUGAAAAUAUCGAGCAAAGACAAAGUAAAAUCUCCCGUAGGAACAUCGGGUGGAUCACUAUUAGAUACAAGUUCCCUUCUGUCGUGUCUUGAAAGAAUGCUGAGGAAUACAUCUCAAGGGUUGGACUCACAGCUCUCAAUUUCUUCUAUUAUGGUGAAUCCAACACUGACAAGAACAACUUGAUUUUCAACGGAACUCCAAAAGAAAGAAUAGAGUUUAGCCUAAAGAAGCUGAAAGAGACAGCAUUUAAAGAAAGGAUGUUCUGGUUCGAAGAAACUGUUCCAAGAAAGAAGGCUUGGAAAGGUCUUAUUGGUUUGGUACUAUUCAUAAUAUCCCUGUUUUUGAUAAAGUACCUAGAAGGUCUAAGAGUUUAACCCUCUUUGACUAAGAAAUGCAUAAAGUUUCAAUG